AUGAACAAUGCUAAUGACACUUUAGAUUACAGUGGUAACACUUCCUCUACGUAUUCUGCCGCUGUAAACGAAGAAUUUUUAACUCCUACAAGACGUACUCAUGUGUCAGUGUCCACUUCUCACGUGAGCAGCUCCGAAGCUGACUUCGUCACGGGAUCAAUGGUCGACGAUGAAGAAUAUUACAAUGAAUACACUAGUGGGUAUGAAAGCAGAGUGUAUACUCAUGCAUCCUUCACCUACGACGAAUUUUCUUCUGGAUCCCCAAAUUCCGACGACCUGAGUUCAACGUUCAUGAGCUACUAUAUUGAUAGUGUCAUAGGCCAAAAGACUCGCUAUUUUUUUUCUGUUCUGCGAAAGCCAAUCGUGUUCUUCUCGUUGAUAUUGCCUGGGUCUAACUUUGUUGGGUCCCUUGGUCGUCUGGUAUACGCUGUAACUGUAUCUGCGUCCAGACGCACAGCGGUAAAUUAUUCUAUGGGCGUGGAAACCCUUUGCGUCCUUCCUAAGGGGUAUGGGCACAUGCCGGAGCACUUGCAGCGCGCACGUCUUGCAUUGCCCUCAUUUGUUGAGUACUUUGCUAAAAUGUUGUUGCGACUCAGUGGAGUUCCUUCGCUUGCUGAUUUGCAGAAGAGAAAAUGGUUAGAAACGGUGCGAAUUCUGAAGAGUGCAACUGGGGAGAUUAUAUCACAGUCAGCCCACCGGUCUUCAGGGCCAAUGAUACCGCUUGCAGUUUUCCUUCCAGUGUUUUCACUCAGUGUUAUUACGAUAGCUCGAGGCGUGAUUUCACGGCAACAAACCUAUAACGAAUAUGAGGAGGACGAGGACGUGGCGUACGAAGCGGCGCAUUCAGGUAGUUACAAGGGGGUGGCAGCUUCGCGAGGGUUGGAUGCGCUACAGCUGUCUGGAUUAGAUGACUCAUUCCCAAAUCUAGGAUCGGAAAAAUCAAACGAGGUUAACUACAGUGGGGUGGAAACGCCGAAAGGUUCACCACCCGCCCCCGAACUUUUCCCGUCUCCUAAACCACAAGGUGAGAGACAUGCCCCCUCUGAGACACAAACGAACCCCCAAACAGUACCAACUUCGAGGGAUUUAUCUCCUGAUUCUUCCGCUGUCGGUGAUGAAUUUAAAUUGAUAAUGUCCCCCACAUCAGAGGAUCCGGGGCGAGCCCCUUCUGCGGCUUCCCGGGAAGCUGUUCGGCAUCCUAAACAGUACGAUCUAAGGGGUGAUGUCGUAAUCGCUUUGACUGGGGAGCCGUCACCUCAAGAGGUGGAUGUUCUGCUUAUGGCGGCGGCGAAAUAUAAGUGUCGGAGGGUAAUUUUGCCCUCUUUAGUGGCAGACACAGCGCUGGCGUCAGUGCAUCCUUUAGUGGAUGUGGUGAAGGUCAGCGAUGUGAUGGAACAUGUCAUGAGUGUUGAGGAAAGCGAAGGGCGGACUACUGUUGGAGUUUUUCUGCGGCCAGUAACUGAUGAAACGGAGGAAUUGCGGCUCUUCACACACCCUACCUCUGUAGUAUACAUUUUUGUGCCUGCGGCAUUUUUGGAGGCUAAUGUUAUCGCACAUCUGGUUGACCGUAGCGUUUAUUAUUCGGCAUCGUUGGACGAACCCUUCCCCAUCAAUGUGUGUCUUUAUGACCGCCUUACUAAAGAGCGACGGGAGGGUGCGUGA